AUGGACACAAAUGAAAUGAAAAGCGAACUGAAAAGGUCUCCCACAGGAGAAGAGAAAUAUAAUUGUUACUGCGGAAAGGAAAGAAAUCUCAACAUAGUGGAAUUGCUGUGUGCUACUUGUAGUAGAUGGUUUCACGAAUCGUGCAUCGGAUUUCAACUGGGUCGGCUAGUUCCAUUUAUGAUGAACUAUGUGUUCGUAUGCAAAAAUUGCUCCAUGACGGGAUUGGAAAGUUUCCGCAAGGUGCAAGCUUCCAUACCGCAAAUGUGCAUUACGGCACUAGCGAAUUUGCAACAGACGGCCAGCAAGGAAGGAAAAGUGCGGCUUAUGUUCAGCAAGGAUAAGGACAUUAUUCCGUACAUGGACCAUUACUGGGAAGCAAUGACUACCAUGGCUCGAAGGUCGACCCAGUCCUGGUACGCUACCGUGCAAAGAUCUCUCAUUAAGGACAUCAACACAUUGUUUUCGUAUGAGGAAAGCAACGAGCAAGGGCAAAUGUAUGGCUUAGCUAAUACGGAUCUUACACAGAUUAAACCGACAUACGACGAAGCUACCACACUUGCUACUCAAAACUUCUCCAAGAGCCGACAGCAAAAACGAAAGUUACCCAACAAUGAACAGAGCGGAGCGCUGGGAAAGAAAAGCAGGCUCGGUGCGGAUGUUGGUGCACUGGUGAAACUACCGGCCCACGGAUACCCGCUGGAACAUCCAUUCAACAAGGAUGGGUAUCGGUACAUAUUGGCCGAACCGGACCCACAUGCACCAUUCCGGCAAGAGUUUGACGAAAGUGCGGACUGGGCUGGUAAACCGAUUCCUGGAUGGCUGUAUCGCGUUCUGUCACCGAACGCGGUGUUAAUUGCGUUGCAUGAUCGUGCACCCCAACUAAAGGUUUCCGAGGAUCGUCUGUCGAUAACGGGCGAGAAGGGCUACUGUAUGGCUCGGGCUUCACAUUAUGUGACAAAAGGAUGCUGGUACUGGGAAGCUACUGUGGAGGAAAUGCCCGAUAGUUCUGCGUGUCGUUUGGGCUGGGGCCAAGAGUAUGCCAAUCUGCAGGCACCGCUCGGUUAUGAUAAAUUUGGUUACUCGUGGCGCUCGCGCAAGGGUACCAAGUUUCACGAAUCACACGGCAAACACUUCAGCGCCGGGUACACCGAGGGUGACACAUUGGGCUUUCUUAUAACAUUACCUACCGAGAACCAGGCCAAUCAAGCAUCGAACACGUUCAAAGAUCGACCGCUUGUGAAGUUCAAAAGCCAUCUCUACUACGAAGACAAGGAUCGUGUAAAUGAAACGUUAAAAUCGUUGAAAAUUCAACCGGGCAGUAGGAUUCACUUUUUCAAGAACGGUGUUUGCCAAGGGGAAGCAUUUGCUGACAUUUACAAAGGUGCAUAUUACCCAGCAAUAUCCUUGCACAAGAACGUCACUGUUAACGUCAAUUUCGGACCCAACUUUAAACAUCCAGAGGUGCUGAAGGAAUUCAACGCACAAGCGAUGCACGAGCGCGUGGAAGAAAUGGUAUGUGAACAAACGAUGGCGGACAUGAUGUAUUUUACGGAAAACGAUGGAAAGCUUCGACUCGAUACGUAUAGCGUCUAG